AUGGAUUUCCGCCGCCGCCGCGCCGCCGCCGCCUCAUCCCUAUCCCUUCUCCGCCUCCCGGCCGAUCCUAUCCGUUACAAGCUAGGGUUUCGCCGCCGUCGAGGGUAUCGCAGCGGGUUUCGGCUGUCGCGGCGGAGAAGCGGCGGCUCCGGCUACUGUGAAGCUGUGUAUAAGCCUACUCCUACUGAUAGAGCGCUCAGAACUCCUCACAGCGGGUACCACUUUGACGGGACAGCAAGAUUGUUCUUUGAGGGUUGGUACUUCAAGGUUUCAAUCCCUGAAAGUAGACAAACCUUCUGUUUCAUGUACUCGGUGGAGAAUCCUGCAUUUCCCAAUGGAAUGAGUACGCUGGAUAGGGCAAUCCAUGGACCUCGAUUUACUGGAGUUGGGGCUCAGAUUCUUGGUGCUGAUGAUAAAUAUAUCUGUCAAUAUGUUCCAGAGUCUAAAAACUUUUGGGGAAGUAGGCAUGAAUUGAUGCUAGGGAACACCUUCAUACCGGGGAAAGAUGCAUCACCACCUGACAAGGAGGUCCCACCGCAGGAAUUUAGGAAACGUGUUUUGGAAGGUUUCCAGGUCACCCCUAUUUGGCAUCAAGGUUCUAUACGGGAUGAUGGAAGGUCAAAGCAUCUGCAGACUGUACAGAGUGCACAGUGGGAAUAUAGCACAUGUCCAGUAUAUGGCUGGGGAGAUGUGAACUCUAAGCAAAAGUCAACUGCAGGCUGGCUUGCAGCUUUUCCAGUUUUCGAACCUCAUUGGCAAAUAUGCAUGGCAUAUGGCUUGUCAACAGGUUGGAUAGAGUACGAUGGGCAACUCUUUGAAUUUGAAAAUGCUCCAUCUUAUUCGGAAAAGAACUGGGGUGGAGGUUUUCCAAGAAAAUGGUUUUGGGUUCACUGUAAUGUUUUUGACGGUGUAUCAGGGGAAGUUUCUCUAACUGCAGCGGGAGGCUUGAGGAAGCUACCUGGUUUGAAUGAGAACUUUGAAAGUCCUGCUUUGAUUGGAGUCCAUUAUGAGGGAUCUUUCUAUGAGUUUGUGCCCUGGACUGGUACUGUGAGCUGGGAAAUUUCUCCUUGGGGCUUUUGGCAUAUGUCUGGAGAAAAUGACAAGUACUUGGUGGAAUUAGAGGCUACAACAACAGAGCCUGGUACACCCCUGAGAGCUCCUACAGUAGAAGGGGGACUAGUUACGGCUUGCAAAGAUACUUGCUAUGGUGAUCUUAAAUUGGGCAAAUUGGGAGAAGACUUAUGAUGGCAGUAAGGAAAGGUGCAUUCCUGCUUCCAUA